AUGAACGAAAACAUGGCAGAGACGAAGUCAGGUUUUUUGGAGCUGAGGGACACAAGUCUGAAUCGUCACGUCAGACUUAUGGCGGUUGCGUACACCAGGGUGUCAGACCCAUUCGUCGUGUUCUACAGCGAUUCAGCAUGGAUGUGGAAAAAACCCUGCGCUUUUCUCAAAUUGAAAACUUGCAUUGUCACUGAGAACAGUGAAGUUUCGUUUACGUUGACCCCGCAAGGCGAACGGAUUGGAAAUUCAACUGGGAUGUUGUGCUUCACCGCGGAGAGUCCAAAAGAGAAAGAAGAGUGGGUUAGAGUUUUAAAAGACAUUGAACGUGAGGAUGAAAAAACUGUAAAGAAAAUAAACCGGGGCGCGAGAAAAAGCCGAAUUCUCCCCGCUAUUGAAGAAAGUUUCACAGAAGAAAUUGCCGUGGUUGAACCGAGAAGAUCAAGUUUAAUUCCAGCUGUCUGA